UAAAAUAGAAUUGGAAAUCAAGGGGAAUGGUGUUAAAAAGUUCAAAAUUGAUUGUUCAAAACUGAUUGUUCAAAAGGAUGCGCACUAAUCCAUUCAGUAACCAUGACUAGUAAUAAUUACUCAGCAGAAUUACCUGAUACAACAUCAAGUGAUGGAGACCAAGAUGAUCAAUUUGAAAAAAGGAUUGAAGAUACUGGAUGUUCAAAAGAACAUUAUGAUUUGCAGGAUUGCUUUUAUGAAACACAUGACUGGAGAAAAUGUUCAACAUUUUUGCUAAACUUUAAGAAGUGCAUGGAUAAACAAAAGGUUAUGAUCAAUAAAAAGGUGUAGCUGUGUUCUUUUUGUGUUGCUAUGUUAAUUAACAGAUAAUUUUCAAAAUAAUGCUGCUAAUGAGCUGCUUGUGCAACAGAGCGUGUCUCCAUGGUUUUUCUGCACAAAUUGAUUGUCUGAACACUUUAUCUUAACCUUUUGAUCAAACAUUUUCCACCCUUCACCUGGAAUUUUUUUUGUUUAAUUAAGCAAAAAUGUUAUAAAUAAAAAAUAGAAAUUUGAUUAACAUUAGAAAAAUAAAUUUCUACAAUAUUCCAAGUAUGCCUUGUAUUUUUUUCAAUAGUUUCAUACUUUCCGUUUGUUUUGCUUCUAUGUUGAAGCAAACAAGUUUAACUAAUGCACAACUUGUUAGUUUCAUUGAUAGAUUCAAUCUUUUUACAAACAAUUGCUUAAUGCACAAAAGUUAGAGGAAAUAAUAUAUAAUUAGAUUUAUUCCAGAUCAACUGGAAUACUAAAUUUUGAGUUUUUGUUUGAUUAAUUUUAGAUCAACUGGAUUCUUUUUGUUUGAGUUUUUUAUGGGUUUUAUAAAUCUUUCUUCUGCGGAUAAUAUUAGCCUAUUAGAUUUUCUUUUUUUUUUUUUUUUUUUUUUUUGAAAUUUCAAAUUGUAGCAGCUUGGUAGUUUUAGAAUUUUUGCUCAAUGGAAGAAAAAUUUUUGUUCUGUGUCUGCGUAACAGCUGGAGACCAUAAAGUUUAUGGACCUGAGUGGAAAGAAGCAGAGCAUGGAAAAACUUUAAUUGAUCUAUUUGUGCAAGCUUGUGGAAAUAAAAUUCUCGGACAGCAAGUCCAAGUUCUUGUAUCAAAGGAUCGAUCAUUUUUAGAAGCUGCUGUUGUACAAGUAUGCACACCACUCUCAACUUUGACUGAGAAUUGUCAAAGUUAUAUACAGUUCAUAUUAAAAGCUGAAACAUUCAAGAGUUUAUUUGAUCAGAAGUAUGAACAGGUUUUUAUGCAAGAAAAGGAUUGUUCAAAAAAAAUUGAUUUGAUAAGUGCAUAUACACAUAUUAAACCAAGUGUUCUUACAAACUGGAAAAAUCAAUUCAAUUCUACAUAUGAACCCUUUAGAGAAAACUUGGCUCCACCAUCACCAAAAGAAGUUUGGAAUGAGCAAGUUGCAAUUCAUAACUUAACAACAUGUUCUUCAUUUGAAAAUAUGACUGUACAAGAAAUUUGUGAUGAAAUUUGUAGGAUCAAAACAACUGAGAAACUUAAAAACAAAGCACCAUUACAGACAUUAGGUCAUUCUAACGAAUUGGAGGUAAGGUGUGACAACCAAUCAAAUGAUUGUGAUUUAAUAAAAAACAAUUCUCCAUCUACUAUAGAAAAAUCUGCUGUCAAAUGUGUGGAAAAGAUUUCAAAUAAAAGUCCCCUGACAAAUACAUCAAAACAAAAUGUUAAAAGUUGUGUUUCUAAAAGUUUAUCACCUAGACAACCUAUUUCUGAUCGUCUCUCUUUAUUAGCUCAACCACGUAGGAGAUUAUUUAAUGAGAAAGAAUCAGACAACAAAACUCGCAGAAAGUCAUUGUCAUCUUCAAAAGAGAGUACUAUUCCAGCAAUAAAUGAUUUAUUUAAUGUUGCUUCAAAGUCUAAGAAAUCUGAUAAAUCUUCAAAUCGCAGAAGUACAGUUAAUAGUACAUUUAUACGAGAACUGUCUCCUCAAGGUAAUGAAAGUACUGCUAAAGACUACAUUAAGAAAACUUUUUUGAACCAAAAAGGAAAAUCAGUUAAAAAUAAUGUGAAUAGUUUAACAAAAAAUUUGAGUCUAACUGAGCUUGAUAAAGACAUUUUAUAUAGUAAUAUACAUAAUCCUCACUCCAAAGAAGAAAAAUGUAAAAAUAAUUAUCAUAACUCAAAUAUAAAAGACACUUUAGAUUCGGAUGUUAAUUUAAUCGAUUUUAACAAUACUCCAUCUAAUAAAACUGUAUUUCAGCCAAAACAGUACUCUUCUUCUGAAACAACUUCUUCCUCUGAAAAAGCUUUCACUCAAAAUAGUUUGAAGAAAACAUGUUCAUCUCCGUCUUUAUUGGAGAGCAUUUCAAUGGAAAAAGAAAGUUCCUCGCUUACCCCAGAUUUGCUUGAUUUUAUUGGUUGUCAAGAAUCUUUAAAUGAGUCGAACAAAAAUGUAGACGAAUUAGUUUGGUCAAAUUUUAGAGGCAUUAAGUUCACUAAAUCUGAUGACCUCAAUGCAACUUUUAUUUUGGAUAGAGAAAAGGAACUUGCAGAUCAUAAUAUUCUCAAAGUAUCAGAUCCUAAUAUAUCUCAACUAUCUGAUCAUAGUAACUCCAAAAUAUCAGAUCGUGUUAUCUCCAAAAUAUCAGAUCAUAAUGUCUCCCUUGAAGAAAAAGAUUCAUGUCUAACUACAAAACAUAAAUCAAUUACAUUACCACAUAAUCAUCAGAUGUCAAGUUCUUUAAGUUCAGCAUUUGAUAAGACCCAAUGUCAUAAUCCUGAAACUACAAAAAAUAACGAAAUUGAACUUUCUAUUGACUUGAAAAACGCAGCAUUAGACGAAGCUAAAAAUCAAAAAACAAAAGAAUUUGCUAAAACACCAGAAAAGACACGUAAACACUGGGGUAUAAAUGUAGAGGGAAUUGACAAUAUUGUGGUAUCUUCUCUGCAAGCGUUCUCCAAUGAGCUUCGAGCAACAACAGAAAUUGUUGCUAACAAUAUUCGGUCUUUGUAUGAAGACUGGAGACUAAAGAAUGAAGGUGAAACUAUUACAGAUGAACUGCAAUCGCUUAUUUUAAAAAAGACAUCAAAAAACUCAGACACCAAUGCUAAACAAGUGGGAAUUGCUGCUGUUUUUGGCAAUUUGAGAAAAAUUGAUAUCAAGUUGAAAACAAUAGAGCUUGCCACUCGGGCAAUGUUUCAACAACUUGAAGAAGAAAAAAGCUCUGAAAAAAAAGUUGAAAAGGAAGUAAGCAAGAUGAAGUCUUCAAUCUCGCGUUCGAAAUCAUUUAAGUGGCGCGAGCUGAAGAAAAAUGUCCGUAAUAAAAGCAGUUCUCAACCUUGGUCGGAUGAAAAAUGCUCUGAAACUCAUAAUUCUAGUAGUGAUUCAGACUCCUAGCAUUUUGAAAAACGUUUUUAAACGUUGGCGAUAAAUUGAUGACGAGCGAUUAUUGACGGCUUUUCUCAAUUAUAAUCUUAGAAAUUAAUGGCCACGUCAUCGAAAGAUCUUUUUAAAAAGAUUCAAUAAACGACUAUCAUUUUUUGUCAAUAGUUUUUUUAUAUUAAGAAUUUUGUUGUUAUCACAAAGCUUUUGGACAGAUAAUCAUUUUUUUUUUUUUUAUUUAUUUUUUUUGAAAUUUCAGUGAAAACGGAAUAUUAGUUAUAUAUUUCUGGUUUGUCAGAAAUAACAUUUUGUGUGUUUAAAUGUACAUAAUUUAGCAUAAUUUAUAAAAUAUAGCAUAGUUUUUAAA